AUGGCCUACAGCUGCUGCUCUGGAAACUUCUCCUCCCGCUCCUUUAGGCGCUGCCUGCCCACCUCAGGUUCUUCCUGUGGCUCUUCUUACCCCAGCAACCUGGUCUACAACACUAGCAGUUGCUCUCCCAGCCCCUGCCAGGUGGAAUCCUCUCUGAACACCGGCUGUCAGGAGACCUGCAUUGAGCCCACCAGCUGCCAGAGGUCCUGUGUGGUGUCCAGGCCCUGCCAGACAGUCUUCUGCUACCAGAAGAGCUCCACACCCUGCAGACCCAGCUGGGGAUCGUAUCCUGGAUCUCUGGGCUUUGGAUCCAGCAGCUGCAGUUCCAUGGGCUCUAGAAGCUGCUACUCAGGGGGCUGUGGAUCCAGUAGCUUCAGAUCUCUGAAUUGUGGAGUCUCUGGAUUCCCUUCCUUGAGUUUUGGAUCUAGAUAUUGCUAUCCAAGCUACUUAGUGCCUCUUUCCUGUCAACCUUGUUACAGACCAAUCUGUGGAUCAAGCCUCUAUGGAAUCAGCUGUUAA